AUGAAAGUCCGUUUAAUCCCGGCUAUAGACGAGUCACAAGUUUCAAUUAGUUUUAUUAGCGGUUUAUUUUUUGUUCACAAAAAAAGCCAGCUAGUGAGGAGUCAUCUCAGUGGGCGUAUUCGGAAGAAACGGUAACCAAUUUUCCGCUUCAAUAACCAAGACUCCCUAUAAAAUGUGAGAUUCCCCGCAGCUUGCUCAUUCGAAUCCUACAGACUUUCUAACUUCCUCUUCUUCUCUUUGAAUUUUCUUUUAAUAACCAUUAGUGUGCCUUUACUGGAUUUAUUUUCAUAGGAAAAGUGUCUAUUUUUUUCCGGAACGAUCCAAUCUUGGCUUCAUUCCUGUUCGAGUUAUUAGAAUCCUUCCGAUUUUUUCAGACUUGGGUAGUCGAGAAGAUGGGUCUCAAAGAAGUAGCUCUCAGAGUUCUGGAAAAACUCAUGCCGUAUCGUGCUCUUCAAGGUUUUUAGUUACACAAAACUCUAGCAACCAGAUUUUAUACAGUUCUGAGAAGGAAUGAAACAGCGCUUUUGUUGGAGACUUGUGCGAUUUCGAGCCCGUCAGAGAAUUCGUACUCGACCACGGCGGUCUACAUCUUCUUCUUCACUUGCCUCACAGCUCUCGUGAUCCUCAUCCUUUUUCCUUGGAAAUCAGUGGAAAAGCCGCUGCUUCGCGGAUAUAUGAUUGGAUAUAUCGGGAUGUGAGUUGAAUCCAAUCCUAGAAAAGUUUCUCGAAAAUAAUAAUGUUUUGAUUCAAUAAAAGAUGAAGCUCAAAGUGAAUCCUUGGAAUUCAGCUAAAAAGCCGCUUCUUUGUACCUCACAAACCCUAUUUCAGGGUAAUUCUUCUCAACUUCAUACUCUGUCUCGUGCUAAGACCAGUUUUCUACUUUCCGGUCAUUGCUUACAAGUGUUUGGGACUUCUCGGAACUUUCGGCUCGUUUGACGGCUUCGGAGUUUUCACUGCUCUGUUCUUCAUUCCUUUUCCCUGUAAGUGCUGUCGAAUAUGUCGAUCCUGUUCAUUCACAUAUAAUUGGAAAUAUAUUUCAGUUGCGAACGGAAUUACGAUCACCCUAAUGGAGUAUAAAUACCGGAUUGAAAUUCAGAGCCCAUGGAAAUCGAACAAACUAUCUAAAUUACGAUCUUUCUUACUGAGCUGUUUUUUGAUCUCAUCAUUUUUGGAAGUCAUAUUUGCUCUCGGACGCACCUGGUCACACGGAAAAACUUUGCCGAAUGCAAGUCAGGUAAAUGCCAAAAUUCCGUUAGAAUUUAGUUACAUCGAACUUUUCCAGGAAAUGGGUUGUUUCUUGUCGGGCGGCUUUCCGAAAGAUGCAAUCUUUCUCAUCAACGAAAUGGGCCUUUACUUUUGGUUCACAGUAGCUUUCACCAUCUUUGACAACGCUCAGCCGAUAUACUAUUUGUACCGAGUUUGCCGAGAGUCCCGUAAGUGGGAAAUGGGAAGCAAUGAUGUGCACAUGCAAAACUUUGUGCAUCUAUUCGCCUUGAGCAUCCAGGUUUUUUUUUAUUUUCGCCCGGUAAAUGAACAUACUUUUGAGGUUUUCUUGCACACCGUUUUCUGGACUUUUCCAAUUUGUCUGCUUGGGCUCAUCAUUCUCGUCGGUUCAUAUUCGCCAGGUGGAAUGAAGGAUUUUUUGAAGAAGGAAGGUGUUUUUGCAGGAGCGUCACGUUUUGCAACAAUCCUGAUCAUGCUCCAUGGACCGUUUUCUCUCUUCUACGUUCCUUUCGGAAUUAGCUUCCCCAACCGUGACUUUUAUCAUUUUUCAGAAGAAAAUUCAAAGAACUUUCCAACCAAUCAUGAAUUUUCAGAGAGCUGGAGCCUGAAAAUAUUCCAUGAACAGCCCGUAAGAGAAGGAAACGAUCUGGAAAUGAACGCAGUCGAAUCGCCACAGCCGUCCACUCACUACGACUUUCCACCGACAUACGAAGAAACCAUGGGCAUUGGCUUCGACACCUCAAUUCUCUAA